CUUAAACAACCAUUAACCCGCAAAUCUGAACGUUCUUCUCUCCCUUUUCAGGAAAGAAAAAUAAAAUUGAGCAUUUGGUAUAAGAUUCAGAAGGAUAUUACUAUAACCAAAAAUAAUUAAAUGUUUCAAUAAAUAAAAUCUUAUAUAAUUUGCAUUAGAUUCAUGAAUGGCUACAGAGAUCAAAAACAGUUCCAUGAAGCUCAAAUCAAAUGAUCCAGAUUUAAGGAAGAAAAUGGCCAGCUCAACCAAAAAUCCACCUGAUUCAAAGAUCAAAUCUGUCACAAAAUCUGAGGUUAAACAUAAAGCAACAUCGUCAUCUUCGAAAUCGACGACGAAAACAACAACUACAAAAGUGAGAGAGAAGAAAGUGUAUAAUCUUCCUGGGCAGAAACAUGAUCCUCCAGAACAGAAAGAACCUUUAAGAAUUUUCUACGAGUCAUUAUCAAAACAAAUUCCAUCCAGUGAAAUGGCAGAAUUUUGGUUAAUGGAACAUGGGAUGUUAUCUCCGGAAAGUGCCAAGAGAGCAUUUGAGAAGAAGCAUAGGAAGCAAAAGGAGCUGAGAACAGGAACUCCUGUGAAGCCAUCAAAUUCAGCCACUAAAACUGAAACUUCCAAUAAACAAGAAUCUAAAAAUGGAGAUAUAAAAGCUAAAAAAGUAAUUGUUGAGAGUGAUGAAGAUGAUGAUGAGUUCAUUUUAAGUCCUAAAAGAAGAAAAGGGUAGUAAGAUGGAAAGUCUAACAUUAGCUAUAACAGUUUGUUUAAUUGAGCACUUAUAAGAUAAGCGUUUAUCAUAAGUGCUUAUAUGUAUAAACUUAAUUUUGUAACAAAG